AUGCGAGAAGCAGUAGUUGAAAAACAAUCGCCAUUUUCUCUGACUAAUUUGCACGAAGGCUGCGCCAUUUUCUCUGCUAUACAAGCGAAUUAAAGAAAAUAUUAUAGAAUGUGCAGCUGGGUCCCGAUGUUGCAGUGUUCUGGAUUGGCUAGACAUUUCUCCGGGACGACAAGGUUGAAUAUCAAGCGCCUUGCAGCCGCCAUCCCCUUCUUUGUUAUUCUCAUCACCCUCACCUUUAUUUCUUCUCUUCGGUUUGACCCUUCUAAGCUUUCUGCUGAUAAUUCAAGAAGAAACCUAACUAUAAUAGUCUCUGAAAAGCCUCAAACACCCACCAAGAAAGCUGAAAUCCCUGCACUGAACUGUUCCAUUGAAACGAAUUGCCUGACAACCUUCAACCUCGAUGGUGAAGUCGACCAAUCAUCAACACAUGUAUGUCCAGACUAUUUCCGGUGGAUCCAUGAGGAUCUACGGCCGUGGAAAGCCACAGGAAUCAGUCGGGAGAUGGUGGAGAAAGCCAAAAGAACGGCGCAUUUCCGGCUACUGAUUGUUAAGGGCAAGGCUUAUGUUGAGAAGUACAAGAAGUCUAUACAAACGAGGGACAUGUUUACGAUAUGGGGGAUUUUGCAGCUUCUCAAAAGGUACCCUGGUAGGGUUCCCGACUUGGAGCUGAUGUUUGACUGCGACGACAAGCCGGUGAUCCGAUCAACUGAAUGGAACACGACGAGUCCUCCGCCGUUGUUUCGAUACUGUGGUGAUAGGUGGACAAGGGAUGUUGUUUUCCCUGAUUGGUCCUUCUGGGGUUGGGCUGAGAUAAAUAUAAGGCCAUGGGAAGGUUUGCUGAAGGAACUUCAACAAGGUAACAACAGGAGCAAAUGGCUGAAAAGGGAACCAUAUGCUUACUGGAAGGGAAACCCUUCUGUAGCUGAAACCAGGAGAGACCUCCUUAAAUGCAAUCUCUCUGACACACACGACUGGAAUGCUCGCUUAUAUAUCCAGGAUUGGAUCCUUGAGUCUCAGAAAGGAUAUAAGAAAUCAGGUCUGGCAAGCCAAUGCAAACACAGAUACAAGAUCUAUAUUGAAGGAUAUGCAUGGUCUGUGAGCGAGAAAUACAUUCUAGCCUGUGAUUCUGUCACACUGCUUGUGAAACCAAAGUACUAUGAUUUCUUCACGAGAAGUCUACAGCCUCUGCAUCACUACUGGCCAGUAAGGGACAACGGCAAGUGCAAAUCCAUCAAAUUUGCUGUAGAUUGGGGAAACAGUCACAAACAAAAAGCGCAAUCUAUAGGAAAAGCAGCGAGUGACUUCAUUCAACAAGAGCUAAAGAUGGAGUAUGUGUAUGACUAUAUGUUCCACAUGUUAACUGAAUAUGCUAGCCUCUUGAAAUUCGAACCAAAAGUUCCAGAAGCAGCAGUGGAGCUAUGCUAUGAGACCAUGGCCUGCGCUGCAAAUGGGACUGCGAAGAAGUUCAUGAUGGAGUCCUUAGUGAAGGAACCUUAUCUGACAGGCCCAUGCAUCAUGCCUCCUCCUUUUGAACCCAAAGUUGGAAAUUUUUAUAGGAGGAAUGCCAAUAUAAUAAGGCAAGUGGAGAAGUGGGAAAAUAAGUAUUGGGAAAGUGCAAAUACUAAGAGUAAAUCUUAGUCUUUUUUUCAGUGAUUCAUCUGAGAUUUUUUUUUUUUUUUUCCCUUUUCAGUGGGAAUUACUGAUAUAUUAGACAUGUUCUAUUCUUCACAAAACUACGACAAUAAUAGAUAUUGUAACUGCAGAAUUCUCUA